AUGGAACUCGAAAGAGAACACUCCCACCGGGAGCCCGUCUCCCUCAGAAGAAAACUUAAGCGACAGUCUACCAGCACGAUAGACAAGUCGCUACCCGCUGAAGGUAGGGACAAGCCUGUCCCUACAAGAAACCCAUCUUUCUCGCCACAGAGAUCCGUCUCGCCGCGAAGAUCGACUUCGCCGCAACGAUCUCCUCCGCCAAGAAAGGACGAGAGCCCCCCUCCGUCCGCACCACGCCGCUCGAGAAAAUCUUCCUCGAGCGACAAACCCCGCAGCUCGAAGAAAUCCUCCUCGAGCGAGAAGAUCCUCAAACUCAUGGAGAAUCUCGUCAAGCCACUCGCCGACGGUUUCGAGUCAAUGCGAGCACAGCAGAAAAAGACUCAGGAACAGGUGGAAGCCCUAGCACGAGAAGACGAUGAAGAUCCGUCAAGUCCCCUGACGGAACAACCCCGUCCCGCGCACUUCAGGCGACUUACCACCAAGAAGCUCGAACGGGUGAAUCGUCGCCUCGACGAGGUCGAUUCGAAAGUUCAUCGCGCCACCAGCUCAGCUCCGGAAUUGACGAAAGCACUCGCCGACACCCGAAGAAGCCCGCUCACCCGCAGGCUCCGCCAGAUUGAGCUACACGAAAGAGUUCGACUCAAAAUCGACUCUUACACCGGCGAAGAAGACCCCAAGAAGUGGCUAACCGCGUUCAACCUCGCCAUGAGGAGGGAGAAAUACAAAUCUUACGAUGAAAGGGAGGCCAACUACUGUCAAGUAUUCGUCGAGCACAUGGCGAAAGAUGCCUUGACCUGGUUCUCUAACCUCCCCGCCGAGUCGAUCGAUAACUUCGACGACCUAACCAAUGCUUUUCUGAAGCAUUACUCCAUGCACAUGACCCGAAUCACUCGGAACAUGUUCACCACAACGCAAACCCGAAGAAGGCGAGACCCUACUCUUAUAUAUCGCAAUAUCAAGCACGGCGGUAAGCGGAGUCCUUGUCCGAGAAGAUCGAGGAGAGCAGCAGCCAGUCUUCUAUGUCAGCAAAACCCUCAAUGA